GUUGGCAGAUUUAUGCAGAAGCCGAUUGUUAAUAUUUGAAGUGAAAAGUGAUGGAGCAGCUGUUCCUGAGCGGUCGUCAGUGUAAUCGAUAGUGCACUAGAUUUAUUUUUCACAUAUCGACCAUUACAGAAAGUGGAGCGUUUGCACUGAAGUCCUCAGCGUUAGAUUGUAGUCAGCGAGCGGUGACUGUACUGUGGGCCUGCGCAUGCGCAUUUGGAGCUCCGGAGCCGCAGGAGAUCAGAGCUGCACUCCGGAGAAAGCGACAGGGACGCAGAGUGCCAAAGUGAACAUGGAGGCUCCACCCAAAGAAGAUCGCAGAUCUAUGGACCCAACCACCUCAACCCCCAGUGAGGCCGUCCUCAUCUGUGGGAGUGAUGGUGUGGCUAAGAAAGUCCGGCCCCAGCCCCACACCACCACAGCGCUUCUUCUACCAGCUCCUGCUCCCAGCCACCAGAAGGUGGAUGUGACUCCAGCUGUUGCCGUGGGAGACCCAGGGAAAGGAGGCAGAGCAAAUCAGACGGCCACACCCACCCUGACAGCACAGGUGGGUGGGGCUUGUAGCAUUGUCCAUGUCCUGGAGUGGAAGGAAGGGAUGGCCAUACUACCCAGCAGCAACCUCAAGUUCUGUGUGAGUGACGUGGGAACGCUGAGCACACUGAUCACCCCAGGGACCACCAGCAGCACCACUGAACCAGCAGCAGGGACUUCUGGGAGAUCCGCUGACGUAGAAGGUGCUCCAGCAGACAAGCCAGACGUGUCGGUUCCUAUCAGCUCUGUGAGAGGUGCCACUGUGGAGCCGGGCAGGCUGGUGACAGUCAAACCUGAAGUCCAGGUCGGACCAGGACAACAUAACCAUGAUCCCAGAGCCCAGAGGCCCUACACAGAGGACCUACGCAGAGAGCACAUCACUGACAGGAGGAGUGUCGGGGUGGAGAAGGUGCCAGCAGGCGGGAGGGUCUCUUCCCUCAACCCUGAUCACCUGAAACCCAUGAGGAAGAGGAAGAGGAAGGAGUACCUGAGUCCCUCUGAGGAAGACUCUGACAUCGAGGGCACGGAUGAAAAAAUGGAUGACUCUAAAGCAGACAGCAGACACAUCAGAGGAGUAACUGGAUUUUUUGCUGGAGCUGGAGACAGUAAGACAGAGCAGUGGACAUGGGCUCAAUAUCUGGAGGAAACAAAAGCCGUUGCUGCUUCCAACAAGCUUUUCCAAGAGUCUCAGAGGGUGCCAACAGUGAAGAACGGCUUUAAACAGGGGAUGAAGCUGGAAGGCAUCGACCCGCAGCAUCCAUCCAUGUACUUCGUCCUCACUGUGGCUGAGGUCUGUGGUUACCGGCUGCGGCUCCAUUUUGACGGCUACUCUGACUGCCAUGACUUCUGGGUGAAUGCCAACUCCCCUGACAUCCACCCUGCAGGCUGGUGUGAAAGCACAGGACACAAACUGCACACUCCCAAAGGCUGCAAAGAAGAGGAGUUUACCUGGACCAACUACCUGAGAAUGACUAAAGCACAAGUGGCUCCCAAAGAACUGUUUGCCAGUCCUGGGAGGAUUGAUGUGAAGUGCGGUUUCGAGAUAGGAAUGAAGCUGGAGGCUGUUGACCGUAUGAACCCCUCCCUCAUCUGUGUAGCAACUGUCACAGACAUGGUGGACGACCGCUUCCUGGUUCAUUUUGACAACUGGGAUGACACAUAUGACUACUGGUGUGAUGCCAGCAGUCCAUACAUUCAUCCUAUUGGUUGGUGCCAGGAGAGGAACCUGCCCCUAACACCACCCCAAGAUUACCCAGACCAGGGCCGGUUCUCCUGGUCUCACUACCUAGAGGAGACUGGUUCUAAGGCGGUGGCUGCUGAUGCCUUUAAAGUGCGUGUGGCCCACAGCUUCCAAACUCAGAUGAAACUGGAGGCCGUGGACAAGAGAAGUCCCGGCCUGAUCAGGGUGGCCACAGUGGAGGAGGUCGAGACUCACCGCAUUAAGGUCCAUUAUGAUGGCUGGAGUCAUGUCUAUGAUGAAUGGAUGGACUCAGAUCACCCAGACAUACAUCCAGCAGGCUGGUGUGAAGCGACCAGUCACCCACUGAAAGUUCCCCCACGGGACCCCAAAACACAACAGCCACACGGAGUGAGGGAGCCUCCUGCUAUGGGCCAGUCCACCUACCCCUCCUCUGUUCCUUGCAAACCCAUCAGCCACCCCAGAACCAACAAGUACAGCUUCCACAACAGGAAGUGUCCAACUCCUGGUUGUGAUGGUUCAGGCCACGUGACCGGUCGUUUCACUGCCCAUCACUGCAUAUCCGGCUGCCCACUGGCUGAGCGUAACCAGGGCAGGCUGAAGGCUGACCUGUCAGACUCAGAGUGUAAGAGGAACCUCUUUUUUGGCCAGAGGACCAAGAAGAACCAUUACCGUGGCAGGAUUGGUCGUCCUCCCAAAUACAGGAAGAACCAGCAGAGAGACUACCAGAACAUGUCCUCAGAGGGCGUGUAUCCGUCACUGUUCAUGUCGGCUCUGAGCAGUCAGGCGGACAGGACUCUGUCUCUGUGCUGGGAGCAGCACUGUAAGCUGCUGCCCGGCGUUCAAGGCAUACACGCCAGCCAGGUGGCAGCAUGGAGUGUUGAAGAGGUCUUCAGGUUUGUCCAGAAUCUAAUUGGUUGUGAAGAACAGGCUCGUCUCUUCAAAGAAGAGAUGAUUGAUGGGGAGGCCUUCCUGCUGCUCACUCAGACCGACAUUGUGAAGAUCAUGAGCAUCAAACUUGGCCCCGCCCUCAAAAUCUCUAACGCCAUUCUCAUGUUCAAGAGCACAGACGAGGGACUCAAGUGAUCUUGCCCUCUUUCACAGGGGUCAUCAAGCCGCCAAUCAUCAUGUGCCAAAUUCAUUCUCUUGCAGGGAAAAGGCCCUGACCCCCUUUUCAUGUGUUUGGUGUCCUGUACCCAUCAGAGAGAGGGAGGGGUGGGGGGUGGGUUGGGGGUGAUGUCCAGUCAGGGUAAAGGGGGAAAAAAGGAGAGGUUAGAAGAAGAAGGGAAAUUAGGAGAAACAGAUAUUUGUAGGGAGUAAUGGAGGAAUGUCAUGAAGAUGAUGGACAAACUGGAAGGUGGAUAUGCGCAGCCUGAAGCACGUGAGGAGGAACAUCAGGAGUUUUCCAGCUGAUGCAUUUGGUUCAGUAUUGGGAUUUGAUUAUUACCAAACCACUGAACAUCGUCAUUGUUUUGACUACACAACUGUUGUGUUACCGGCUUCUGUAGAUGCGGUAUCCUGCUGCCACUCACACCCGCACUGGAGAUACUCGGAAACCAAUACUAUUAGUACAUUUACUUCCUGAAUAAGUUUCAUUCCUGUUAAUGCAAGCUGUUUACACAGUCAGCUGGAACUGUAAUCACCUUUCACAGGUGGACCCAUUUUACAUAUGACCAAAUUUUCACAAGUACUCUACAAACAUUUGGACAAAACCAUCAGUUAAAAAUACUAAAACAGAUUUACUAAUAGGAACUGAGGAAAAUAUAAAUGUUGACUAAAGAGACGUGAGGACUGUGGGCAGAUGGCUAUGUGACCGAAAACUGAGAAGAGUGAAAUGCAGUGGCUGAGGCUGGUCAGGGAGGCUCCUACAAGCUUCAAAUUUUGUGCAAUAAAAAACGUUGAGUACUGUAUUCAGUAACACUUAAUAUUACAGCUCCUUUAUUUAUCAGACUAAUUCUAUUACUAUAACACAAUACAGUGGAAAUUAAAUGAAUACACUUGCUUUGUUCUGGCUGUUGGAAAAGGGUUGAGGGUUUUGACAGAUGAGAGAAAACAUUGACUGCAGCCUGGGUUGUCUGAUUGUUCUUAAGUAUUACUCACUUGUGUUCACUGCCUUGAAAUUUUCCACAUUGUUCUUUCUAAAAAUGCACCAUUAUUGUAAAAACACGGGAGCUGUAAUUUAAAAUGUUACCCUCUGAUAAAUAAUGUGAGUCAGAGAACAGAAGUAACAGUGUUUUAGUUUUUAUCUCUAUAUGCAAAAGAUUAUAAAUUAUUUUUUAGCAAUUCUUAAUAUAUGAAAAGUACAUUUUGCAUUGGCAUUUUAGCACAACUAUGAAACCCAAAUGGAUUUCACACUAUGAUAUUCCCACACUUGGUCACUAGAGAGUGCAAAAAAACACAUUUUAGCACUAUAAACAUGGACUUGAUAUCUAGUUAAUGGAGUUCUCUGCAGUUUACAUGUGAUGGAAACUCCAUUUACAGUGUGUUCUUUGAAAUGUUUACAUUUUAUGCCAGAAUAGGUUAAAAAAUAAUGUUUAGAUUUGGUAUUGUGAGAUGAAAGCAAUUUUACUGGAAAGUUUUAAGGGCUCCUGGAAUCUCGAAUUUGACUUCUCUGUGUGUCUCUCUGGUGGGAUUUGUGUAUGCGCGUGUGUGUGCGUGUCAAGAUAAUUUUCGGUCACAAAUGUCAUUCAAUCCACAUGAAUUAAUAAACGUCCAAAGCUGUCUUGUCUGA